CACCAUCCCGGCCACUCGCGCUCCGUCAGCUGUCUGGUCCGCGGAAUCGCCCUGCCGCCUUCGAAAGCUCACGGAAUAAUAUUUGGUCGCGAAGGCUCCUGGAAGCUUGCAUGUGCGUGGACGGGCCUACGUGGGAUCCCUUGGGCCACAGAGCGACGGUUCUGAACGUCUGCGUCAUAUGCUGCGAAGCGGCAUCUUAUGGACCGGAUGAAAUGGCGUUUCUGGCGCUGUCUUCCCUGCAUCGCUCAAUGUCGUUCUAAGUCUGGCUUAGCUUUCUCGGGCUCGACUAGCCUGGCCGUGCGUGCGUAUGACGUCGUGGAUUCGUCGUAUUUGAUGGACUGAGAAGGCGGUGGGCUCCCCGGAGAGGUCAUGUACUGUAUGUGCAGUGUCUAAGAAUACCCCUGUACAAGGUUGGCUGCUAUGGCUGCUAUACAGGACUAACCAACUUGGGCUCCUGUUGAAAUUGACAGUGCCUAGUCCGUCGACGCCUCUGUGCAUGCAGGGCGUUGAAAUGGGAUGGUGGCUUCGGUUGUAUUCAAUUACAGGCCAUGGUACAUACAGUGCUUGGUCACGGCAUUGUCGUCUACGAUGGGCACAUUUACUUGAAUGAGCCCUUCGGCAGGUCUAACUCAAUACCUUUCAUAGAUCAGGCGAUGUACAUGGUAACAUCGUCACUGUCCUUUGCGGCAAUCCGGGGUGAGCGGCGAGCAAAUAUGAAUCGCACAGGCCCCGAUAUCCUAUGGGGCAUUCUAACACAUCACCUCAAGACUUCAGGCGCAGGAUCAUCGGUCAGCAGUGACUCUCAUGUAUCUGUACGGGGUUCUUGCAGUGACCAACCAUUGGGUUGUUGUUCCUCAUUGGACAUCCGAUGUGGGAUUUUGUCGCAUGAUCUGAUGCGAAGGCAAGUCUGCUCUUGUGAUCAAUAGAAAUCGAAACGUAUAUGAUACGAGAAGAGGGUGACAUGGAGGAUCAUGGCAGACAAGAUACGAACAACUUGAAUCGCUUCCGACUACCGCUCUAUCCGUGUUGGCUGUGUGCACCAUGCAAGGCAGCUACACACGUGAGCUAUACUAUCUACCCCGUCGCGGAGUGGCUUGUCGAGUAUGACUUCGCGGAGGCAAUACUUCGGAACCUCGAGCCUAUGCAAUAACGCUAUUUUCCCGCUUCAUAUCACGCGCGUUCUUUUUGCGAGCAUACAGGCGCUGAUUGGCUUGGCAUGCGGCGAAACACUGGUGCUGUGACCGACGGGGUAAAUCGAUGACAUGAUCAGGAACUCGAAGGGGUGCAACAAGUAUAUAGACAGACAGUACGGCGUUGACGUCCAUCGAACAUUGUUGUUCCUCGGCUCUCGGCUCUCGUCUGGCACUAGUACGCUAUGUCGAAGUUGCUUAUAAUCGUUACCGCGGCACUCUUCGCUGGGACCGCCUCAGCACACACUAUCUUCCAGAAACUCUACGUCAACGGCGCGGACCAGGGCGAACUGACGGGUAUCCGUGCCCCCGAUUACGAUGGGCCCAUCACUGACGUGACCUCAAACGACAUCAUCUGCAAUGGCGGCGUCAACCCUUACCACCAGCCAGUUUCUCAAGCCGUGAUCAACGUCCCUGCAGGCGCGACCGUCACUGCUGAGUGGCACCACGUCCUCAAUCAAACCGCGGGCGACUCUGCAGACCCGAUUGACUCCUCCCACAAAGGCCCUGUGAUUUCCUACCUAGCGAAGGUACCGGACGCGACCCAAAGCACGGUUACCGGCCUCCAAUGGUUCAAGAUCUACGAGGACGGCCUGACAGCGUCGACGGGGCAGUGGGCCGUGGACAGGCUGAUCGCGAACAAGGGCAAGGUGUCUUUCACGAUCCCGAGCUGCAUCGAGAGCGGGCAGUACCUUCUUCGGCACGAGAUCAUCGCCUUGCACGGCGCGUCGAGCUACCCCGGGGCUCAGUUCUACAUGGAGUGUGCGCAGCUGAACAUCGUUGGCGGCUCUGGGGCGAAGUCACCUGCCACUGUCUCCUUCCCUGGCGCGUACAAGGGCAGCGAUCCGGGAAUCACGGUCAACAUCUACUACCCGCCGUUGACUAACUACACUAUCCCUGGCCCCGCUGUGUUCACCUGCUGAGGGUUUGCAAUCGUCAAGGAAGACGGAGUGUAUCGACGACUGCAAUGACUCAUGACCUGUAUUGCUCAUUGCGACAACUUGACGGCAGAAUCCGCUAUUUUUUUUUCCUUCUUUCAUGUAUAUUCUUGCAUGCUCUUGUUAGGUCUUUUUCCAACACUCCCUAAACUUAGCGUCAAGGCGCAACUCGGUUGCCACGGCCCGAGAUUACCGACUGGACCGCCGAAUGCGCCCGUGGAAGCUUGUUGUAAUGGGCGGUUAGUGCGACGGCAGCUUGUCUUGGUCCACAUAUAUCGUAGAGCACAGAUUCUCCUCGCACAUACAACUUGAGCUUCUCUGUACUCUCCGCUCCU